AUGACGAAGAAAGAAGCACAAGAAGCAGACGAAGACGACGCAGAAGAAGGUGGUGAAGAGGAACAAGCACAAGAAGCAGACGAAGGCGAAGAAGCAGAGGAAGACGACGCGAAGAAGAAGACGAAGAGGCACAAGUACAACAACAACAACAAGAGGAAGAAGCAGCACAAGAAGCACAAAAUGAAUAGGAAGCAGAAGGAAAAGAAGAAGCGGAAGCACAUGAAGACGACGAAGGAGACGAAGAAGAAGGAGAAGUGGAACAAGCAGAAGGAGAAGGAGGAAGAAGGAGAAGAAGAAUUACAACAACAAGAGGAAGAAGCAGCACAAGAAGCACAAAAUGAAUACAAAGAAGAAGCAGAAGAAGACGAAGCACAAGAAGCACACGAAGACGACAACGAAGAAGAGGAAGCAAAAGAAGAGAGGAGGCACAAGAAGCACAUGAAGACCACGAAGGAGACGAAGAACAAGAAGACGAAGAAGAAGGAGAAGAGGAAGAAGCAGAAGGAGAAGGAGAAGAAGAAUGCGAACCCACGUUUCUUCGACAAUCCCGUAGAACUACAACAACAAGAGGAAGAAGCAGCACAAGAAGCACAAAAUGAAUACGAAGAAGAAGCAGAAGAAGACGAAUCACAACAAGCACACGAAGACGACGACGACGAAGAAGAAGAAGCAAAAGAAGAAGAGGAGGCACAAGAAGCACACGAAGAAGACGAAGCUGACGAAGAACAACAAGACGAAGAAGUAGGAGAAGAGAAAGAAGGAGAAGAAGAAUGCGAACCCACGUUUCUUCGACAAUCCCGUUUUGCAUUAUCUGUCAUUCUCCUCGAUGUUUUUGUACAACAAGAAGAAGAUGAAGUGGAGGAGGAAGAAUCAGCACAAGAGUCACAAAAGGAAGAAGACGAAGGAGAAGCAGAAGAGGACGAAGUCGAAGCAGCAGAAGAAGCACACGAAUAUGACGAAGAAGAAGAGAAAGAAGCACAAGAAGCAGACGAAGACAACGACGAGUAA